AGGAAGAAGAAGCGCAGGAGCCGCAAGAAAUUUUCGUCUCAACCGUAACUUAUUUGAUUUAAUAUACUUUAAAUCAUAUAAUGCGUCACCUGGACAAGUGCCGCGUGUGCUCCUGCGGAGUGGCGAGGGACGACGAGGCCUACAAUCUGCUGCAACUGCCGCACUUGGCCGUCAAGUUCUCGGAAUGCACAAAUUUGGUUGUGGAUCCCGACGACCAGGAUAUUUUGCCCAGUGAAAUUUGUUCCGAGUGUUACGAGCUCCUGGAGAAGUUCCACUCCUUCCGAGCACUUUGCAUUAUAGCCGAUGGGAAAUGGCGUACCAAAAGUCUGUAUACCAGAAAGAAAAUCGACCGGAGAAAAGCUGUGCACAGGGUGGAUGACGACGAGGAGGAGGAGGAGGAAGAGCUUCCAGAGGAUUACGAAGAGGAUGCGGAGCAUCCAGAAAACUAUGAGGAGGAGCCAGAGGAGAUGGAGGAAGAGCAGGAGAUCCUACAACUCUUUGAAGCCCCAGAAUUGAUCAUAUGCGAUAACACCUUGAGUCCCGAGAAAACCGAAAAGACACCGCCAAAAUUGGAUGGAAAAGUCAGCCCCAAAAAAGUUCAGAAGACAUCGGUACCCCUCAAGAAAUCUACACAAGAAUAUUUGCAUAUUAAAUUCAAGUGCGAUAUUUGCUCCGAUGAAUUUCUCGAGGAACGACGCCUGUUUAUGCACAAGAAAGAGCACGAGGGCCACAUGCUGUACCACUGCACUGAGCCCGGUUGCGAUGAAGCCUUCAAUCGCUACGAGAAUCUGAGGCAGCACGAACUGGGACACUCGGAGGAGGGCGAGCGGUUCGUCUGCGAGGAGGAGGGCUGCCACAAGAUGUACCGGCACAAGGCCUCGCUCAAACACCACCAGAGCAAGGCCCAUGAUAUUGGCAAGCCUCUAAAGACCCACAUGUGUGAAUUCUGCGGACGGGUGUUUAGGAACGGCUCCGCCUUGAGUCAACAUCGCUUUACGCACGACGAUCAAAUGGAAUUGCCAUUUGCCUGCGAAAUGCCAGACUGCGCGCUGCGAUUCUACAGCAAGGAGAAGCUCAAGAUCCACAUGAUGCGCCAUCAGGGUAUAAAGAACUAUAGCUGCCCCUAUUGUGGACUCAAGAAGACCACGAAGAACGAACUGCGACUCCACAUCAAUUUCCACACACUGGAGAGAACCUGGUCCUGCAAGGAGUGCCCCAAAGUGUGCAACAGCUCGACGAGUCUCAAGAAGCAUGUUCGUUCGGUUCACGAGAAGGCCCGGGAUUACGCCUGCAACUAUUGCGAGAAGAGAUUUGCCACCUCGGACACCCGAAAGUACCACGAGAUGACGCACACUGGGGAAAAGAACUUCGAGUGUCGCGAGUGCGGCAAGAGGUUUAUACAACCGUCUGCCCUGCGUACACAUCUAAAAAUCCACGAUUUGGAGGAGGAUCAGCAGACAACUUUCACACUGGUGCAAGUGACUAGCAUUAAUUAAGACGGCAAACAUUUCAGGCUCUACAAAAAGCAAUAAGCAACGAAAAUAACUUAAAUC